GCCUCUCCUGGAUCAGAGGACUGCUCACCAUGAAGCUGCUAGCCCACAUCCUGUGUCUCUGCCUGCCUCUGCCGUGGGCUCAGUCAAAUGACGAACAUGCACAAGGACAUGCACAUGCAUCAGCUGUCCUUGACCGUUGUAAAGGCCUUGAGAUGGAUGCUGUUGCAGUGAACGAAGAGGGAAUCCCGUACUUUUUCAAGGGUGACCAUCUGUUCAAGGGCUUCCAUGGCAAAGCAGAGCUGUCCAAUAAUUCGUUCACUGAGCUGGAUGACCAUCACCACCUGGGCCAUGUAGACGCUGCUUUCCGCAUGCACUACGAGGACAACCCCACCGACCACGAUCACAUGUUCUUCUUCUUGGACAAUAAGGUAUUCAGCUAUUACCAACACAAGCUGGAGGACGGGUACCCCAAGGACAUCUCCCAAGUCUUCCCUGGCAUCCCUGACCAUCUGGAUGCUGCCGUGGAGUGUCCCAAGCCAGAGUGUGAUGAGGACUCUGUCAUCUUCUUCAAGGGAGACGACAUCUACCACUACAAUGUCAGAACCAAGGUUGUAGAUGAGAAAGAGUUCAAGACCAUGCCAAACUGCACAUCUGCUUUCCGCUUUAUGGAUCACUAUUACUGCUUCCAUGGACACCAGUUCUCCAAGUUUGACCCAAAGACAGGCGAGGUGCAUGGCAGAUACCCCAAAGAGGCCCGUGACUACUUCAUGAGAUGCUCCAAGUUUGGUGAGGAUAGUGACCACUUGGAUAGAGAGCGCUGCAGCCGCGUUCACCUGGAUGCCAUCACAUCUGACGAUGCUGGGAACCUCUAUGCCUUCAGAGGCCACCAUUUCCUACGUGAAGAUGAAAGCAGUGACACACUGAAGGCGGACACCAUCGAGAACGCCUUCAAAGAGCUGCACAGUGAGGUGGACGCUGUUUUCUCUUAUGAGAAUCACCUUUACAUGAUCAAGGACGACGAUCUAUAUGUUUACAAAGUUGGUGAGCCCCACACCCACCUGCCCGAUUACCCCAAGACUGUGGAGAAUGAGCUGGGUAUCAAAGGUCCCAUUGAUGCUGCAUUUGUCUGCCAGGAUCAUCAUAUUGCUCACAUUAUCCAAGGUCAGCACAUCUAUGAUGUGGAACUGAAGGUCACCCCUCGUGCUGCAAAAAACCAGCGUCCAAUUUCUCUCUUCAAGAAGGUCGAUGCUGCCCUGUGUGGUCCUGAAGGACUUAAGGUGAUCGUAGGCAACCACUUCUACAACUUUAACAGCACCAUGCAGUUUGUUGCUUCCAAGGCCCUGCCUGAGCAGCACAGGGUAUCCAUGGAGUUGUUUGGCUGUGAUCACUAAGAGGCUUGCUUUACAGGACUGAAAUGUUUGUGCAGAAUGUCACAUACAACACGUUGAAAAAUGGAAAAACAAGGCACCAACGACAUCAUGCAGGAGGCCCCGAACAACGAGUCACAAAGCUUUUGAUUACAUGUGCUUCCAGACAAUGAUGCAGCAUUUCAUACUAGUUGUUUUCCUUCUAUGUCGUACCUCAGAAAAAAUAAUUUUUUUUAACCUCAGUGGUCCUCUGUGUAAAGUGUGCUAACCAGAAGUUAAAGGGUUUUACGUGUUUUUCUGUGAUUCAUUUUGUACAGUGUUGUUGUGAAUAAAGAG